GAAUUUGUUACGCGAAAGGACAAGAUUGUGCAGGUGAUUGCACCUGCAAAGGCAACAUGCUAACACAAAGCUAGAAACCAAAGAAUCCCGUACCCAGAGUGAUGCUCAAGCCGAGUGUAUGCCGACCCCAACCAAACAGCCAAAGCCUGAUUUUCAACAGUUCGCAACCAUGUCAGCAGCAUCUGCAGCACAUGGGGCAGAGAGCACUUCAAGACCUUUGACGGUGAUGUUUACCAGUUUCCUGGUAUGUGUGAAUACAACUUGGCCUCUGACUGCCAUGACUCUUACCAGGAGUUCUCGGUGCACAUGAAGAGGAAGGAGAAUGAUGGAGACGCUACAGUCAGUUAUGUGGUGGUUACCAUCAAUGACCUUUCUUUCCACCUCACCAAGAGCCAGGUCACUGUGAAUGACCUUUCUGUCAAGAUGCCAUACUACAAUGCUGGGGUACAAGUGGAAAAAAAUGCUGUUUACAUCAAGCUCCAGUCCAAAGUUGGCAUUACUGUCAUGUGGAAUGGUGAUGAUGCAGUCAUGGUAGAGGUGGAUCAGGAUUAUGCUAAUCGUACUUGUGGACUUUGUGGAGACUUCAAUGGUGUUUCUGUCUACAAUGAGUUCAUUCAUAAUGGCCUCAAAAUUAGCCCCAUUGAGUUUGGCAACAAACAGAAAGCCCACCGUCCAAACGAUGAUUGUGAGGACCCCUAUGAACAGGAGGAUGAAUCACCAGAGAAACGGACUGUGCGGGAUUCUUGCAAGGAGUUUCAAACCACCUGUAAACAGAUGCUACAUUCAGAGUCCUGGAGCUCCUGCACCAAACUGAUUAACCCUGAGCCUUACAUCCAAGCCUGUGUGCAGGACAUGUGUGGCUGCAUCAACAGUACAAAUGACUUAUGUGUCUGCAGCACACUGUCUGAGUUCUCUAGACAGUGUUCCCAUGCUGGAGGACAGCCUCCCAACUGGAGGACACCUCAGUUCUGUGCUAAACAGUGCCCAUCCAACAUGGUUUAUGAGGAAAGUGGUUCUCCUUGCAUGGAUACUUGCACAUACUCGGACACAAGUUCAUUGUGUGAGGAUCACAAAAUGGACGGCUGCUUUUGUCCUCCUGGAACUGUGUUUGAUGAUAUUUCCAUGAGAGGGUGCAUUGCUCAAUCUAAAUGUCAGUGCAAGCAUGACAAAAUCUAUAACUCUGGUGAUGUCCACCGACAGGACAGAAAGAAUUGUACAUGUUCUGAAGGAAGAUGGGUUUGUCAAAGCCUUCAAAUGCCUGCUACAUGUGCUGUUGAAGAGGGUUCACAUGUAACUACCUUUGAUGGGAAAACUUUUACCUUCCACGGAGACUGUUAUUACACUUUGGCCAAAAAUGAUGCUGGUCCAAAGUUCACCAGCCUGGUGCAGUUGGCGCCAUGUGCAAACCAAGAGUUUGACACUUGUCUUAAGGCCCUUAAAAUCCUGCUGAACAAUGACAGAAACAAUGUAUUAAUGUUCACUUCUGAUGGGGCAGUAAAGCAGAAUAUGCAGACCAUUAGUUUGCCGUACCACUCAGGUGACAUCAACAUAUUCCACGCUUCAUCCUUUCACAUUUUGCUCCAGACAAGUUUUGGAUUGCAAAUUCAAAUCCAGCACGUGCCUGUCAUGCAAGUGUAUGUCAGCCUGGACCAGAGCUACAAAUCAAAGACACGUGGUUUGUGUGGUAACUACAACAUGAUCCUGUCUGAUGACAUGAAGACUCCUCAGGGGAUUGUGGAGGGAACAGCAGCCACUUUUAGUAACUCCUGGAAAACUAACCUCAUGUGCCAAGACAGAGAGGAAAGACUUGAUGACCCCUGUUCCCUCAGUGUGGAAAAUGAGGGAUACGCCAAACAUUGGUGCGCCUUGCUAAUAAGUGCAAAUAGUACCUUCGCGCAGUGCCAUUCAGAGGUGGAUCCUGAGAUGUAUUACAAGCGGUGUAUUUAUGCAACCUGUAACUGCGAGAAGAGUGAGGCCUGUCUGUGUGCCGUCUUGUCCUCCUAUGCCCGAGCUUGUGCAUCUAAGGGAGUGUUCUUGACAAAUUGGAGAGACAAUGUGUGUGAUAAAUACACAAGGAGCUGCCCAGCAUCUCAGACCUUCUCUUACAAGCAUCAGAGAUGCCAGUUGACGUGUAGAUCACUGGGCUCAGAGCAGCAGAGCUGCACUUCUGACUUCUUGCCUGUGGAUGGCUGCUCCUGUCCUGAGGGUCUCUACCUAAAUGAAAAUGGCAAAUGCGUCCCCAUGGCAAAAUGUCCCUGCUACCACAACAAAGUCUACAUCAAGCCAGGAAAGUCUAUAAACAUGAAGGACGAGCACUGUGUGUGCACUAAUGGAAAGCUUCAUUGCCGUUCUUGGGGACCCCGCUCAUCAGUUACAGCAUGCCCCUCUCCAAAAGUGUUCUUCAACUGCUCCACUGCUGGCAAAGGAGAGCUUGGACUACAGUGUGCUCGAACUUGUUUAAAUCUGGACAGCGAUGAUUGUGACUCCACAGAGUGUAUAUCAGGCUGUCGCUGUCCAUUAGGCCUUGUUGAUGAUGGCAAAGGUUCCUGUGUGAAAGAACAUGAAUGUCCAUGUCAGCACAAUGGGCAUCUCUAUCUCCGUGGAACACGAAUUCCUAACAAGUGCAACACCUGCACCUGCAAAAGUGGAAAAUGGGAGUGCACAGAGAAAAAAUGCUCAGGAACCUGCGUUAUUUAUGGAAGUGGUCAUUACAACACAUUUGAUCAGCGAACAUAUGGGUUUCAAGGACAUUGUGCCUAUGUUGCAAUGAAGAACAAAUGUGGUAAUAAAACAGUGCAGGACAACUUUGGAGUUAUCACAGAAAAUGUACCAUGCAGCACUACUGGCACCACAUGCUCCAAAACUGUCCGAAUCCAACUGGGGCGAAUGGAAGUUAAACUGUCAAAAGGUAAAUAUGAAGAGACGGACCUGGGAUAUGGCAGUCAGAUUCAGUACAAAAUAAGAAGGGUUGGCUUGUAUCUGGUCAUAGAAUCUGCCAUUGGUCUGGCAGUGAUGUGGGAUCGCAAAACAACUGUUCGCAUCCUGUUGGAACCACAGCACAGGGGAGAGGUAUGUGGCUUGUGUGGAGAUUUUGAUGGUGAUGGACAGAGUGAGUUUACCACCCAAGGUCAGCUGACAGUGAGCAAUCCGUUAGAAUUUGCUAACAGCUGGAAAGUGUCCAGCACUUGCCCAGAUGUGGAAGCGAAUGUAGAUCCUUGUGGAGCAACACCCAAUCGACAUCACUGGGCAAAAAUGAUGUGCAGCAUUAUAACUGGAGAUCCGUUCAAAAACUGCCACAGUAAGGUAGAUCCUCGUCCAUUUUAUGAUAACUGUGUGAAAGAUUCCUGUGCCUGUGACACUGGAGGAGACUGUGAAUGUUUCUGCUCAGCAGUUGCAGCUUAUGCUCAAGCUUGUAAUGAGGCUGGUGUCUGUGUUGCAUGGAGAACUCCAGAAUUCUGUCCUGUCUUUUGUGACUACUACAAUGACCCGGAUGAAUGCAAGUGGCACUACAAUCCUUGUCUCACACCUUGCUACAAGACCUGUUUGAAUCCACAAGGAAAUUGCAGCAACCCUAUACCCAACCUGGAAGGCUGUUACCCUGUGUGCCCAGAGGAUGAGCCCAUAUUUGAUGAGAAGAAGCAGAAAUGUGUGGAGGAGUGUGAACCCUCUACUACAACUGGGGGGCCAAAAACAGCCACAAGAUCUACGACCCCGACUGCCACACCUCCUAUUAUAACAGAGGAGCCACCCACAACCACAAAAUCUACAACCACACCAACAGAACCCCCAACUAUAACACAAGGGACAACCACAAAAUCUACAACUUCAUCAAGUGAACCCCCUACUACAACUCUGUGUAUUACAACAUGUGAGUGGUCAGAAUGGUAUGAUGUACAUAGCCCAGAAGAGGACAAAAGUGACUGGGAAACAUAUGAGAACAUCAAAAAUAGUGGUAAACAAAUAUGUGAAAAUCCCAAAGAAAUUGAUUGUAGAUUUGCAGAUAAACCUGAGCGUGAUUUCAAUGCCUCUGUGUGUGAAACUCGCCAAGUUGUUACCUGUGAUGUGGGAUAUGGCUUAAUAUGUAGAAAAGAGGACCAGAUAAGACAUCCAUUUAAGUGCUUCAACUAUAAGAUCAGAGUUUGUUGUGAGAAAUGUGCUGCACUUCCUACUACAAUUGAGGGGCCAACUACAGCCACAAGAUCUACAACCCUGACCGUCGUACAUCCUGUGACAACUGAGGGACCAACCACAACACAGGGGCCAACCACAACGACAAAAUCUAAAACCCCGACUGCCAUAUCUACUACUACAACUGAGAGGCCAACCACAACCACAAAAUCUACAGCCCCGACCGCCAUACCCCCUACUACAACUGAGGGACCAACCACAGCAGAGGGGCCAACCACAACGACAAAAUCUACAACCCCGACCGCUGUACCUCCUAUGACAACUGAGGGAACAACCACAACAGAGGGGCCAACCACAACAGAGGAGCCAAGCACAAUGACAAAAUCUACAUCCCCGACUGCCGCACCUACUACUACAACUGAGGGGCUGACCACAAUCACAAGAUCUACAAUCCUGACUGCCGUACGUCCUAUGACAACUGAGGGGCCAACCACAACGACAAAAUCUAAAACCCCGACUGCCAUACCUCCUACUACAACUGAGAGGCCAACCACAACCACAAAAUCUACAGCCCCGACCGCUGUACCCCCUACUACAACUGAGGGAACAACCACAACAGAGGGGCCAACCACAACAGAGGAGCCAAGCACAAUGACAAAAUCUACAUCCCCGACUGCCGCACCUCCUACUACAACCGAGGGGCCGACCACAAUCACAAGAUCUACAACCCUGACUGCCGUACGUCCUAUGACAACUGAGGGACCAACCACAGCAGAGGGGCCAACCACAACGACAAAAUCUACAACCCCGACCGCUGUACCUCCUAUGACAACUGAGGGGCCAACCACAACAACAAAAUCUAAAAUCCCAACCGCUGUACCCCCUACUACAAUUGAGGGGCCAACCACAGCCACAAGAUCUACACACCCAACUGCCACACAACCUACUACAACUGAGGGGCCAAGCACAGACACAAGAUCUACACACCCAACUGCCACACAACCUACUACAACUGAGGGGCCAAGCACAGCCACAAGAUCUACCACCUCGCCAACAGAACCCCCAACUACAACUAAAGGGACCACUUCUGCCAGUACUCCAUGUAUUACAACAUGUGAGUGGUCAGAAUGGUAUGAUGUACAUAGCCCAGAAGAGGACAAAAGUGACUGGGAAACAUAUGAGAACAUCAAAAAUAGUGGUAAACAAAUAUGUGAAAAUCCCAAAGAAAUUGAUUGUAGAUUUGCAGAUAAACCUGAGCGUGAUUUCAAUGCCUCUGUGUGUGAAACUCGCCAAGUUGUUACCUGUGAUGUGGGAUAUGGCUUAAUAUGUAGAAAAGAGGACCAGAUAAGACAUCCAUUUAAGUGCUUCAACUAUAAGAUCAGAGUUUGUUGUGAGAAAUGUGCUGCACUUCCUACUACAAUUGAGGGGCCAACUACAGCCACAAGAUCUACAACCCUGACCGUCGUACAUCCUGUGACAACUGAGGGACCAACCACAACACAGGGGCCAACCACAACGACAAAAUCUAAAACCCCGACUGCCAUACCUCCUACUACAACUGAGAGGCCAACCACAACCACAAAAUCUACAGCCCCGACCGCCGUACCCCCUACUACAACUGAGGGAACAACCACAACAGAGGGGCCAACCACAACAGAGGAGCCAAGCACAAUGACAAAAUCUACAUCCCCGACUGCCGCACCUCCUACUACAACCGAGGGGCCGACCACAAUCACAAGAUCUACAACCCUGACUGCCGUACGUCCUAUGACAACUGAGGGACCAACCACAGCAGAGGGGCCAACCACAACGACAAAAUCUACAACCCCGACCGCUGUACCUCCUAUGACAACUGAGGGAACAACCACAACAGAGGGGCCAACCACAACAGAGGAGCCAAGCACAAUGACAAAAUCUACAUCCCCGACUGCCGCACCUACUACUACAACUGAGGGGCUGACCACAGCCACAAGAUCUACAACGCUGACUGCCGUACGUCCUAUGACAACUGAGGGACCAACCACAGCAGAGGGGCCAACCACAACGACAAAAUCUAAAACCCCGACUGCCAUACCUCCUACUACAACUGAGAGGCCAACCACAACCACAAAAUCUACAGCCCCGACCGCCAUACCCCCUACUACAACUGAGGGAACAACCACAACAGAGGGGCCAACCACAACAGAGGAGCCAAGCACAAUGACAAAAUCUACAUCCCCGACUGCCGCACCUACUACUACAACUGAGGGGCUGACCACAAUCACAAGAUCUACAACCCUGACUGCCGUACGUCCUAUGACAACUGAGGGACCAACCACAGCAGAGGGGCCAACCACAACGACAAAAUCUACAACCUCGACCACUGUACCUCCUAUGACAACUGAGGGGCCAACCACAACAACAAAAUCUAAAACCCCAACCGCUGUACCCCCUACUACAAUUGAGGGGCCAACCACAGCCACAAGAUCUACACACCCAACUGCCACACAACCUACUACAACUGAGGGGCCAAGCACAGCCACAAGAUCUACCACCUCGCCAACAGAACCCCCAACUACAACUAAAGGGACCACUUCUGCCAGUACUCCAUGUAUUACAACAUGUGAGUGGUCAGAAUGGUAUGAUGUACAUAAUCCAGAAGAGGACAAAAGUGACUGGGAAACAUAUGAGAACAUCAAAAAUAAUGGUAAACAAAUAUGUGAAAAUCCCAAAGAAAUUGAUUGUAGAUUUGCAGAUAAACCUAAGCAUGAUUUCAAUGCCUCUGUGUGUGAAACUCGCCAAGUUGUUACCUGUGAUGUGGGAUAUGGCUUAAUAUGUAGAAAAGAGGACCAGAUAAGACAUCCAUUUAAGUGCUUCAACUAUAAGAUCAGAGUUUGUUGUGAGAAAUGUGCUGCCCUUCCUACUACAACUGAGGGGCCGACCACAGCCACAAGAUCUACAACGCUGACUGCCGUACGUCCUAUGACAACUGAGGGACCAACCACAGCAGAGGGGCCAACCACAACGACAAAAUCUAAAACCCUGACUGCCAUACCUCCUACUACAACUGAGAGGCCAACCACAACCACAAAAUCUACAGCCCCGACCGCCGUACCCCCUACUACAACUGAGGGAACAACCACAACAGAGGGGCCAACCACAACAGAGGAGCCAAGCACAAUAACAAAAUCUACAUCCCCGACUGCCGCACCUCCUACUACAACCGAGGGGCCGACCACAAUCACAAGAUCUACAACCCUGACUGCCGUACGUCCUAUGACAACUGAGGGACCAACCGCAGCAGAGGGGCCAACCACAAUGACAAAAUCUACAACCCCGACCGCUGUACCUCCUAUGACAACUGAGGGGCCAACCACAACAACAAAAUCUAAAACCCCAACCGCUGUACCCCCUCCUACAAUUGAGGGGCCAACCACAGCCACAAGAUCUACACACCCAACUGCCACACAACCCACUACAACUGAGGGGCCAACCACAGCCACACCUGAGGGGCCAACCACCACCACAACAUCUACAACUCCUACUGCCAUACCUCCUACUACAACUGAAGGGCCAACUACUGUUUCCACAACUUCAACAACAUUUGAACCACCUGUCACUAGUUCCCCAUCCACAGUGUAUCAAACUCGCUCCGUUAUCAGCACCCAGACAACACCAGCAUCUGAAACUACACCAUCAACAAUAAUCACACUGAGUUCGACAACACAAUGCUUCUGUGUAGUUAAUGGCAAGCAUUAUAGGCCAGGGGAGGUAAUACUUGACAUGGAACACAUUGGAUCAGGUGCAUGUCUCACAAUGAUAUGUUCUGAUAUUUGUGAGAUUAGCAACAAGACUGAACUUUGCAGGCCAACGCCUUUGCCUACACCCACACCCACACCUCCUGUACCUACCUGCCCUGAAUGGGAUGUAGCACAAAAUGAGACGUUCUUACUGUGCAACUGCACCUUAGCAAGAUGCAUUGAGAACAAUACAAUUGAAAUAAUUCCUUAUGAAUGUCCACCCCUUGACCCCAUCACUUGUACCAAUGGAAAGAAACCUGUUCUUGUGUAUGAUGAGAAUUACUGCUGUCAACAUUACGUUUGUGAUUGUGUAUGUGAAGGCUGGGGAGAUCCUCAUUACAUCACAUUUGAUGGACUCUUCUACAGUUAUCAAGGAAACUGUACUUAUGUCUUGAUGGAAGAGAUGUUACCAAAGCAUAAUUUGAAGAUAUAUAUUGAUAAUGUCUUUUGUGAUCCCACUGACGAUGUUUCCUGUCCACGAUCUAUAAUUAUAUCAUAUAGAUCGCAAAUUAUCACACUCAAGAAUCAUAACCUUAACCUUGGAGAAGCAGAAUUGAGGGCUCUAAUAGAUGGAGUAAGUCUGAAACUACCUUAUUCACAACAAGGUGUGAAGAUCAUGAAUUCUGGCAUUACCAUGGUUUUGGAGAUCUCUCACCUAAAAGUGAUCAUUACAUUUGGAAUAACUGGCUUCAGUGUGACCCUUCCAUAUCAAUACUUUGGCGACAAUACACAGGGCCAUUGUGGAACAUGCAACAACAACCAGGCUGAUGACUGCAUGUUACCUGGAGGCCGGCUGCUGCAAAGUUGUGCUGUGAUGGCUGACUAUUGGCCUGCAUCACACAUUUACAAAUCCGACUGUCAGUUACCAUUUGUACUCCCCUCCAAAAUACCUGAACCCCCACAAAUCCUAUCUCCAUGCAAGCCAGACUCCAUUUGUGAUCUGCUUAAGAGCAGUGUGUUUGCAGAGUGCCAUCCCCUUGUCGCUCCUGACAAAUUCUACCAAGGUUGUGUUUUUGAUAGCUGCCAUGUUUCCAACCCAGCGGUGCAGUGCACAAGUUUGCAGACCUAUGCUGCUGCCUGUGGGCAGGCCGGAGUUUGUGUGAACUGGAGGAACCACACCACAAUGUGUGCCAGUGACUGCCCAUCAAACAAAGUUUACAAGGCAUGUGGUCCUGCAGAACAGCCAACCUGUCAAGACAAUCCUAUUGAACCAACCAUGAACUUUACAACUGAGGGCUGCUUUUGUCCUGAUGGAAUGAAACUCUUCAACAAAGAGUCCGGCAUAUGUGUUGAUAAGUGUGGAUGUCUUGAUCCUGAGGGCAUUCCUCGUGAGGUAAAUGAAAGGUUUGAGUACAUGUGCCAAAACUGCACCUGUGAUGAGUCCACCAAGACUGUGACUUGCAAGCCUAAGGUGUGCCCAGUACCAUCUAUAACAAACUGCACUGGUCCAGGGUUCGUCCUUGUCAACCAAACUAGUCCAUCAGACUCCUGCUGUACUUCCUAUGUCUGCCAGUGUCGCAGCAAUACUUGCCCAGUCAACAUCAUGAAAUGUCCAGUUGGAUAUCGGCCAACUGUUAGUGUUCCAGAGGGAAAAUGCUGUCCAGAACAUACAUGUGAUCCUGAGAGGGUUUGUGUCCACAAACACAUUGAAUACCAGCCUGGUGCUUCAAUUCUUGGGAAUCUAUGUGAGAAUUGUACCUGUACCAAUGAGGUGGACCCCAAAUCCAGUCUAUUGAAAAUGACUUGUGAGCUUCUGUUGUGUGAGGAAAAAUGUUACAAGGGUUAUGAAUAUGUGAAAACGGAUUCAGAUAUAUGCUGUGGGAGGUGUGUACAGACACACUGUGUCUUAAAUGUUAAUGGUACUGAAAAAUUAUUGAAGCAAGGAGAAACCUGGUCACCACCUGGGAAUAUGUGUGAGCAUUACACCUGUGUUAAGAGUGGUGAGACUUUAAUAACCAUGCGUUCACACAUUGUCUGCCCGCAAUUCCAGGAGAGCAACUGCCAACCUGACACAAUUCAAACUGCAGCAAAUGGCUGUUGUAAAACUUGUGUGGAGAAGGAGAAGGCCUGCAGGUUAGUAUCCAUGAAAACCCGUAUUAAACACAAGGACUGUUGGUCUAAGGAGGAGGUAGAUGUUCCAUAUUGUGAGGGAUCCUGCAACACUUUCACCAAGUACUCUAGAGCAGCAGGUGCUAUGUGGCAUUCUUGCACAUGCUGUAAGGAGACACGCUACAGCAAUCGCACUGUUGACUUGCUAUGUGUCAAUGGAGAAGUGGUUCCUCACACAUACAUCCAUGCGGAGGAGUGUGGCUGUCGCCACACAGACUGCACCACAGCUACAGUAUAUCCAGCUCGCAAGAGGCGAAGCUUCACACUGGUGUAAUUGAAAAUCUGUAUGGAAAGUUCUUCCCCUAUUGCCCUAACAAUCAUUGCAUCUCUUACAAUGUAAUUGACAUUAUAGAGAGAGUAUUUAUCAACUGAUCAAAUAAAAAGAUGCAACUAUA